AUGCAAAGAGAAGAGGAAUCUGCUAGGACACAUUUCGGAUUUCGUGAUGUUGCAGAGGAGGAUAAAGCUGGAUUAGUCGGCGGCGUAUUCUCUUCAGUGGCUUCUUCUUACGAUUUGAUGAACGAUGCAAUGUCUUUGGGAAUACAUAGACUUUGGAAGGAUCAUUUUGUGUCUAAGCUCGAUCCAAGAGGCGGAAUCAAAUGCUUAGAUGUGGCAGGUGGAACGGGUGAUAUCGCAAGAAGGAUAUUGGAUCAUGCAAGAACAAAAUAUUCCGAUCGUCAGAUUCACGUCACCAUUCUGGAUAUCAAUGCCAAAAUGCUACAAGCAGGACAAAAACAGAUGGCACAAACGAUGUAUUGGAAUACGCCUCAAUUAAGCUUUCAAUUGGGAAAUGCAGAAAAUUUAGCAACUUCUCGACCACCAGACUUUGGUGAUCAAUUGAAACCUAAAGCACCCGCCAAAUUGCCCAGGAAUUCGCCUGUUAUGCCUCCGCUUCCUACUAUUCCGAUCGCUGAUAACAGUCUGGAUCUCUACACAAUUGCAUUUGGUAUUCGUAAUUGCACACAUAUCGAUCAAGUAUUAGCAGAAGCACAUCGAGUUUUGAAACCCGGAGGUAUCUUUGCUUGUUUGGAGUUCGGAAAGGUCAGCUUGCCAGUCUUGUCAGACAUUUAUCGCCAAUACUCUUUCAAUGUGAUCCCCUCUUUAGGUCAGAUCCUGGCUGGUGAUCGGGAUUCAUAUCAAUAUCUGGUUGAAUCUAUCGAACGUUUCCCAACUCAACCACAAUUUGCAAGGAUGAUGCAAAAUGCAGGCUUUCAUUUGGCCGGUAGUCCCGAAGCAUCUCGAUGGGGUAUUAAUAGUUUAGGAGGCUCAACUUCUCGUACGGAAGAUCAAGAUGUUCAAGGAGCAUGGGAAGAUUUAACGUUUGGAAUUGCAAGUAUGUGGCAAGGAAUUAAGCUUUGA